UGUUUGAAGACAUGAAGGUAAUUGCUCCAGCAAUGUCCCUCCAGGCCUUUACAAGGACAUUAGAGCGUCGGACUUCACAUUUUGGCAGGGGGGGGAAAAUAUGUGACAGCACUUUCCAAAGAAGUUACCUGGAAUGGAAUUACUGUAGAUUUGAAAUAGACCAACUUUGUCACGUUCAGCAUUUCAAGUGCCCUGCAUGCAUGCCAAAUAUGCUGGCUGUAUCAGUUGAUGGGAACCGCAAACAUUAUAGGUUCAAGAAAGGGACAGAUGAAAAGGGGUUUAUGAUGGUUGUCUCUUAGCAAAAGAUGAAGAGGUCUCUAGCUUUGUGGACUACAUACACAAGACAACAAAACAUGUGUCUGGAAAAGGAAAAUGUGGAGCCUCUCAGUGGGCAGCAGCCAAAGAAUCGUCUAAAAAAUCUACCAGUAAAAUAGAUGAAGAGGGACUUGAGGUUGCAGUGUGUCGACACGGCAUAAUAUUAAAGGCCCUGAAUAUGUUUCAGGGUGAAAUAUUUGCUUAUCCUCUCUUUCUCCAGAAAGAGAUAGCUGUAAACAAAGUCAAGUUUUUCUGCAGUGAUGUAGUUUGCAGAUAUUGGCCAUAUCUACAGAAGGUUGUGAACGUUUGUCCAGAGCUUUCCCAUCUUCAAGACAUGAAGCCUUUUCUUUCCAUAAUGCAUGCUAAAGCACAUGCUUCAAAAUGUGAGGUAAUUUGCAUUACUAGAAAUGCAUCUGUAGUAGUCCUUCAUUUACUUAGGCUGUGUAUCAUUCUUUUUCUUUCCUUUUCACGCUGUAGAUUAAAUGGGGAGGAAGGAACCAGCAGGGUGCUGGGACAACUUUAGGUGAAGAGGUAGAACAAGUAAAUAGCUUUCUUUCAAAGACUGCUAUCUGCCUGAAACAAAUGUCCAAAUCAGUUCGAACAGACAUGUUAACUAUUCAGGUGAUUGGUUGGAAUGGACGAAAAAGAGACAACAUGCACUGUGCCUUAUCUCAAAGAUACAGGAAGACUGUAGCCAGAGCCAAAGAACAAGCUGAAAAAGUUGAAAGGCUUCAAGAAGAAUUUGGAAUUGGCAAAGACAUCCUUGAAGCAUGGACUUUAGAUAUCCAGCAGUGGGCAAAUACAGCUUCAGGUGCUGAAACUGCUUUGGGUCCAGAGGGUCUACAACAGAAAAUUGAGGGGCUGUUCCUGAGCAUCAAACAAAGGAAACAACAACUUUACUAUCAAACAGACCGCAAUAAAAGACGACAUCAUUUAAGAAGGAAGCUGGCAGCUGCUGUUGAAGAGUAUAAUAACUUUGUUUUGGAUGACCAGAAGAUUUGUACCGUGGAUACCAUUCUGUCUUCUGAAAGCCAUACAUGGCCUUGGGAGUUGCAUGGGCUUGGAAGUUCUGUUGACCUCUACUCCAAGAAGAGAGUGUUUGAUGAAGUUAUGAUGAUGAGAAGACUACAAGAAGAAGAGUCCAUUCUUCUAAUGGAGAUCAAGCAGCACUGGGACUCCCUAAGGGCAUAUUCUCAGGCCUUAAAACAGCUUGCUACACAACUGUGCCAGGACCUGAGCAGUCAACGUGGUGAUCUGGGUGAGAUGGAUGCAAAAAGGGGACUUCUGUGCUUUGUAAGGAAAAGGCAGUCAUACUUUAAAAAUCACCUACAUAUUGUCAGAGCAAAAUAUCUUGGUGGAAUGCACCAAGAUGUUUCUCCACUUGAAGAUGAUUUGGAUGACUUCAGCUGUGACAGCAGCCAUUACAGUGACACUGAUGAGGAGGAAGUGGAUGAUUAAACUACAGCAACUGAACUGGACUCUCCAUCACGGUAUCUCUUCCCCAAUGCGCACCUGAACUGGACUCUCCGAGACGGUAUCUCUUCCCCAAUGGGCACCUGAACUGGACUCUCCGAGACGGUAUCUCUUCCCCAAUGCGCACCUGAACUGGACUCUCCGUCACGGUAUCUCUUCCCCAAUGCGCACCUGAACUGGACUCUCCGAGACGGUAUCUCUUCCCCAAUGCGCACCUGAACUGGACUCUCCGUCACGGUAUCUCUUCCCCAAUGCGCACCUGAACUGGACUCUCCGAGACGGUAUCUCUUCCCCAAUGCGCACCUGAACUGGACUCUCCGUCACGGUAUCUCUUCCCCAAUGCGCACCUGAACUGGACUCUCCGAGACGGUAUCUCUUCCCCAAUGCGCACCUGAACUGGACUCUCCGUCACGGUAUCUCUUCCCCAAUGCGCACCUGAACUGGACUCUCCGUCACGGUAUCUCUUCCCCAAUGCGCACCUGAACUGGACUCUCCGUCACGGUAUCUCUUCCCCAAUGGGCACCUGAACUGGACUCUCCGUC